AAAACAUACAUUUCCUUUUUCAAAGUUUGGGGUUGUUUGGAGUAGAGGGGACAACUGUUUUGAUGUUGCUGUUUGUUUGUGCAGAAAGGGUCAUGAUUUCUGAAGUUGAGUGGGUGGGGAGGGAAGGUCUGGAGUGGCAGCUGGGGAUGUUCUUAGAUGUGUGUUUAUUUGAAUAGCGGGAGCGGUUGGGGAGUUUGAGGCAAAUAAUUUGGGGUAUUGAGAGGAGGAGCACAUGGGAUCAGCUUUGGUGGUGACAUGGGAGCAAGAUAAAUGUAAGAUUUAAAGUGAGUCAACCCACAAUAACUACCACACCCUUAUCGAGAGGCAUGACUCCACACACACAAGCUGUGCUGUGCUCUCCAGUAUGAUUCUGAAGGAUGGGCUGGACUGAGGACUAACAUUUGCAGGGAGUGGUAUUGACAUAAUCAGUGUUAGAUGCUGCAAUGCUUAAUUCCAAAAUCAAUAUUAGGUACCUUGAUUGGGCCAGCAAAAGACAAUGAUCACAAAAUAGGGUGCUAGCAUUCAAAUUCUCCAGAACUCUUAAUCAGUUUAGGUAGUAAACAGUACCAGGGUGGAGGUUUGCUAGUGGUAAAGCCAUCCAUGUCUGCCUGUGGUAGAAAAAGGGUUAAAACACUGGGCUAAAGGGUUAGAUACACAUGUGGAAAUUGUGCAUUUUAUGGGUUGCAGAGCCAGAGGUUAAGGGCCCAGGGUGUGGGUUUAUUGGUGGCAGGCAAUAGGGAGAGGGGGCUAGAGGUUUAUGCAUUUCGAGGUUUGAACGGAAUGUGAUUCAAUAUCACAAUCAUGUCUAAAAACAAGGGAGGUUGAGAAUGAGAGAUUUUUAGGUGAGUGGACCUCAUAGGAUGAGAUAAAAUAGAUGGAGACUGGCAUCCAAAGUGAGGAUCCUUCAAGAGCUGUUCAGACUGGGCUUCUGUUACAUCUAAACAGGGAGCAAAGCUGGUUGUGGGGGAACUCCCAAGUUGAGUGAAGAGGAAGCAGGCAUGGAACACAUUCUGCUUGUUAAUUCAAAAUACCUCCUUACCAUUUUUCCUCAGCGCGCGCGCGCACACACACACAGACACAGACACACACAAAAACACACAACCUGCUACCUAAGAAGAUGGAAGCCUUUCAAAAUCCAGGAAUUCUCUUGAUUUUGGUCAUUGAAGAUCAGUUUAAAGCAUGAGUUCCAACUGAUCUGUGUUAAAAGAUCUUGAGUAUAUGCUCUCCCUGGACCCAUAUCCUCAUCUAAUUUUCAAGGGUAGUGGCGUCUGAAAGCACCCCACAAGAAUGGUUGAAUGAACUCUACUUAAGUUAGGAAGUGAAAUAGAAUGAGAACCUCUCUGUGUGAGUUUAAAGUAAAUUGGAGUGACAAGUUAUAAUUGUGCUUGGUGGCAUAUCUGAACUGACUAUGUGUUGAGCCUGAUUAAUAGGAAAAUGAGUAUAUUUUUGAAUUCCCCAGCAAGACCCAGCAUUAUUCUCCAGGAUGUAGCAUUCCAAAUGAACCCACUACAAUCCUUGCAGAAUACAUCAAUGAAAAUUUUUGUAUACUCACAGCCUAGUAGACCCCAUGAUGUCAAAUAUAUGUUGCCCGGACACUUCAAAUUUCAGGACAAACCAGAAAUAUCUAGUUAGGACCACAAUACCCUGCUUUUUUGCUUUUUUUAAACUGAGGGAAUGUUUCUUUUAGUUGGAUCUUGGUGGUAGUGAGAUGGGGUCAGAUUGUUGAACAACUUGUGGAGGUGAGAUGGGGUCAGAUUGUUGAACAAGAGAAUGAACACUGGGGGGGGGGGGAGAGAGAAGCAAAAACUAUGGGGGAUUAUUACAAACAUGCCCCACCUCCUAUACAGGAGGAGGGAACCUCUGAUGCAAAACUGUCACCCUCCCUUUGCACCAAUAAUAAUUGAGUAUGAGUCAUGCUUUGAGCCCAUGGCUGUGAUGGCAAAGUGGGUGGGGUGCAGAUAGCCAAUUAGGAAUGGGCAUGGGUUAGGUAGGGUGGGUUGAAUGGGGAGGAGCUGGUAAAGAGUCCACUGGCCCUUUAAGAAGCUGUCCACUCCCUCUCCCUAUUCCUCCAUUUUCCCACCAUCGUCGCAUCAUUCCUGCAGCAUCACAGUUUCUAGCUCCUUCCCUUUCUCCCUCCCCACAACUUAACCCUGAGAUGAGAGCAGCAGCUGCUACUACGGAAUGACUGAGCUGUUAUGUACGCUGAACCAUCCGCCAUGAAUUUCCGGAACCACGGCUUCUUCCGCCGUUCUCCGCCUCCUUCUGUGGCCAAGCCUCCCCCUGCCGCUGGGAACACUCUGUCCGUCUUAGGAGGCAUCGCUCAGAUCUCCCCUUGCCUCUACCUCUCCUCUGGCAAUGCUGCGUCCAACAGGCACAUGGUCUACUCCAGGGCAGUGACUUGCGUCGUGAACGCCACCAUGGAAAUCCCCAACGCCAACUGGCCAGAUAUUGACUACGUCAAGGUGCCUGUCCCCGACCUCCCUCACGCUCCGCUGUCCUUGUACUUUGACUCUGUGGCCGACAGGAUACACCAGACGGGGAAGAAGAACGGAAGAACCCUUGUCCAUUGCGUGGCAGGGGUCAGUAGAUCUGCCUCCCUCUGCAUCGCCUACUUGAUGAAAUACCACCGGUUGAGCCUCUUGGAUGCGCACGAGUGGGUGAAGAGCAGGCGACCCGUCGUAAGGCCCAAUGUCGGCUUCUGGAGACAACUCAUUGAGUACGAACGCAAGCUGUUUGGCAAGAACACCGUCAAGAUGGUGCCCUCACCCAUUGGCUUGGUCCCAGAUAUCUACGAGAAAGAGACCCGGGGGCUGGUCCCCCUGUGGAACUUCAGAUAGACGCUGGGCAACUUUGGGAAUGUGGUUGGGUGACGCGGGCUGCUUGAAUUUAGGAUCAAAACCUUCCACCAUGUUCAGACCGCUACUAAGAACUUCCGGCAUGGUGGACUUUGGUAAGAAAAUGCUGUUACGAUAGUCUUUUUUUGUGAGACCUUGCAAUAUGAUUAGAUCAUGAAAAAGACCUUGAGUUGCUUGGCCAUUUCAAUGUGAUUGACUGGUUCCGCCAUGUCAAAUGUUACUAAGAACUUACAUAGUUUUGCUUGUAUUAAGAGAAGAUGGUUCAUCGCAGAAUAUAGGCAGUAAAUAUAUUUAUCUAAAGCAGAGCUUCGAGGUCUGAAUAAAUUGACCCUCCCUUUGUGAGGAGGAAAGGGAGAAAAAUAAUUUAUUGAAGACAGCUUCAGAAUUACUUCCCGGCAAUAGGGCCUGGGUUUACUUUGGUUUUAACAAACACAAUAAACUCCCCCCCCCCCAAGAGAGUGAAAUCUUAGCAGUAAUGACAGGCAUUAAUGUUAACAUUGCUCCCAAGGCACACAUUGUUUAAGGCCUGCUUUGCCAAUAAGGAGGCAGAAGUGAAGAAGUUGAAGAUGAUCGAACUACCAAGGGCAGCUGGUACAUUUCAGCUCUGGAAAGCAGAGGGAUUCUUCAGUACAAUAAUUUUCACUGUACAGGCUACAACCCAGCAGCCCAUGGGUAUAAUGAAUACUGCUGUUUCAGUACAAUACUGUUCCAACCCAGGAAAAUCCACUUGUGUGGGGAACAGAGGGUUGAUGUUCAUAUUACCUCGGUACAGGGCUAACUCUGGAGGGCAAAAAGCACAAAGAAAGGUAAAUUGUCCAGUAGGGAGGGGACAAAGUAAAACAUUUAUCUAUUUCUGACACUGGGGAAUUACCAUUCAGCAUUAAAAACCUGUUACCUCGCUUCCUCAGGAAUAAUGAACAAUAUGGUGGGGCUCUGGCAUUAUGUGGGGAAGGGCAAACCAUUUUCUAAUCACAAGUUGAGAGCAACUUUUUCUGGACAAAAAAAAUCCCUCUCAGUAGAAUGUGUGCAUGUGUUUUUAAAAGCUUUUAAUGCCACAGAGAGGACAAAAUGAUAGGAUAACAAUAGUUAUGGGGGUAAAUUUAACAUCUGAGGAGACUGAGCCACAGUUAAGUAUGCUAGUGAAGUGGAACUGGGUUCUAUUUGAAGAUUUUCUGACUAUACCGGAAAGGCGGAGGUGAACCCAGAGCCAAGUGUGUGUUCAGUUAAAAUUCAGCCGUUUUAUUUCAAAUUAAUUUGAAUAUUUGAAAGUCAAGGGAACAGCUUGGGAUGUUCAAGGCCUAGAGUUACACAGACUAGGCUGUGAGGUAGUGGGGAGUAAAAUAUUCCAAAUGGAAUAGGUUUUAGAAGUUACAUAGGGUGUUCUGCCAUAUAAAUUAGCUUUGGGGGUACAGGUUUCAGAGUGCUUUAAAGAAAUUAUUGGAAAGCAGAAAUUUUGUCAUUUUAAAUCUUCACUAAAUAAGAAUGUUCCAGCUAGAGACCCCUGUUUUAAAGAAGUUUCCUUGGCAAAGGAAAUUGGGUGGAUGGGCUUAACACUCAGCAACUCCUUGGUUGUUGUUUCGUUUCUAUUAGUACUGGUUUUUAUUAUAGUACUGUAAAAUGUGUGGUUAACUAGGACUUCCACAGCAGUGCUUUUCUCUCCAGAACAAGGAACUUAUUUCACCCUCACUUUUGGAAGUUUUAGCCUGCACUGACUUUUCAGAGUGAUUUCCCACCAGAAUCUUGCCUGUCAGUCAAGCCUGGCUAGAAAGUUCUAGAAGCUCAUAGCUAAAGUAGGCCUGUGUGGUAUCUGAGAAAAGGAUCGCUUACUGGCUGAAUAUUUUAAGGCUAAUUUAUAAAGUGUGUGUGUGUGGAAGUGGGGUUUUUUGAAUUCCUCUGUUCUCACUGCAAAAUUUCUACUACAUCUGAAAUAUCUUGAAGCAUAGAUAAGCAAUUGGCAACUCAGGACCCUCUCUCAUAUUUGAAGGUGGACGACUGCCCCACACAUACCAUACCCCCCAUGAAUAAAUUGAAGUGGACAAUGUAUUCAUUUGUGUCAACAUUGUCAUCUAUUAUAGACAGUGUUAAUGAAAAUGUAGAAGUGUAAUUUUUUUGGUUAAGGAAUUCUAAACAUAUACAUGACAUAUUAGGUUUUCUUUUGUAGACUAACGCUAGCACAGUGGUUCCUUAUGUCAAACCUCUUAGCAGCUGAACAUUCAUCUAUUGAAAAGACUGAGGGAAAACUAUGUUGCUUUUGAGCAAAGGUCAAACACCCCUCACUCUAUGUUUUCCAAGUAUAGGUUUGGGCUAUUUAAGGAUAGUCUUGCAUGAGAGAGGAAGGAUUUUGAGCUGAAAGUGACAUCUGGAAAGAGAACUUUUUACUCGUACAACUAGAUAUUCCUGCUUCAAAAUCAGACACUGAACCCCCAAGUUAGAGAAGAGCAUUUAAAUCUCCCCAAAGGUCUGGCAUCUUAAUACUGUAGGUGAAUUAACACAAAACAAAGAGUCCCAUCUUCUAAGACUGAACACAGGACUGGUCAGUGUAGAGAUAUCUAGCAUAUACUGUCCUCUGAAAGUAUCUCUGAAUUGGGCUCAAACAGAACUACUGCUGUCUGAGGAGGAACUUGUUACAGAGGAUGGAGCAUAAGCUGGUCUUCCUUUCAAGUGGUGAAUAUGUACAUAAAACCUCUGCAGUUCUGUAUACUUUGUAAAUACUAGAGGAUUAAAAGAAAAAAUAUCUAUAUUAAUUAAAGUUAGGGUUUCUUAUUGCUUCAGUUCAAUGACAAAAGAUCUUAAUAAAUAUAAAAAUGUAAAUGAGCCGCUCCCUGCAGUGUUAUUGCCUAUUGGUUUUAGCGUUUCAUAAAAUGGUGUUUUGUUUUGUUUUUGCAUUCAUGUGAGGGAGAGGGACCACACAGCUCCAUGCUAGAGCAUAUGUUUUGUAUGCAUAAGAGCCUAGAUUUAAUCCUUGGCUAGUUAAAAGGAUCUGGUGAUGGGAAAUAAUCCUCCCUAAGACCCAGAAGAGCCAGCGCACAACCCUGGGCCAAAUGUACCAACUUCCUGCCCUGAUACAGCUGGUUUCAAGGAGGCACAGACAAGGAAACAGAGAGGGGAUUUUGGUAGGCUUCCUUUCAAAAUAAUCCAAACUGGACUGAAUGAUGAACGAUCUCACUUUGAGCAAGGCACCAAAAGAUGCUGUCCCAGGAAUCCCCAACCUUGCAGAGUAUUUCAUCAGCACAUGCCACACCCAUAUACUUUAUUAAAGGUAAAGGUACCCCUGACCAUUAGGUCCAGUUGCGGAUGACUCUGAGGUUGCGCGCUCAUCUCCCUCUAUAUUAGGACCUUGCUAUUUUUACAGUUUUUGUAGCUAUUGCAAAACUCUCCACUGCCAUUUUUUGUAUGCAUUCCAAGAUCGGUACAAAGCAUGUUGCCGUGACAGGAUGAGAAGUCUGGGCAAGUGAGGCAACGUUAAGGGAUCUGGAGCAACUUCCCUGUGGUGGACUCCUAGAUUGUAGGGGUGUGUGUAUCGGUGUGAAUAAGCCAGCUGUGUGGGAUCAUGUCACGGGAAAGAGCCACGCAGCCACAGAAGCUCCAUUCCCAAUAUGUUAGAGCCUCUGGUUCCACGAGAUCCAGAAGUUUGCCCUUUUAGGAAAAGCUGCAAUAAUCAAGACGUUUUGACAGAUCCAGCUUCCGCAUCAGUUGUU